AUGGACGAGGCUAAGCACAAAGAACGGCGACGCAUGCUGAACCCCAUGUUCUCGCGUGCAGGUGUCCUCAAGCUGGAGGGUCUUAUUCGUGAGCGAUUGGCGCUCUUGGAGAUCAAGAUUGAAAGGCUUCGUGAGAAGCAGAACAUUGACUUUUAUGAUGCGUUUCGACUCCUGACUACCAACAUCAUUAUGGAGUUUUGUUUUGCCGAUAGUCGCGGUAUGCUGGAGGAGCAGCCCGACAGUUUCAAGUCGCAAUUCCUUACAGCUUUCAGCGUUGCUGCAUCGGCGCUGAAGACCCUGCAGCAAUACCCCUUAUUGCGCAUAGUCAGCAACGCGAUCCCUGUGGCAUUGCUGAAAGUUGUCUCUCCAGAACUAGGCAACCUCAUUCAUUUGACCGAUUAUGCGGAGCAGUGUGUGAACCGCUGGCGCAAGUCUGACGGAUCAAAAGCGGCUGUCAAUCAUCCCAUUGUUCUCGAAAAUCUGACAUCGCUGUCGGAUGUUGCAUUGGUUGGCGAAUCUCUUGAUCUUUUGGUGGCCGGGUCUGACACGAGCGCUACGUCCGUGACCACCGCUCUCUUCGAGAUUCUGCGUAAUCCCGCCAUAGAGAAGAGAUUGGUCGAAGAGCUUGACGCUGCUAUUCCGGACAAGAAUGAUUUGCCCCCGCUCCAGACUUUGGAAAAGAUCGAGUAUUUGGUGAGUGACUCAGACAGUGCCAUUGGGUUUUACUUGAAGACUGACUGA